CUUUACUACUAACUCAAGUAUUCACAAUCUUAUCAAUUUGCAUUACACAAAGGUUUCAUAAGGUAACUUUUAGAUGAAAAUUUAAUCGAAUGUGAGACUUUUCAAUUUUCAUAACUUUAUUUUAUUAUUAGACCACAUGUUUAUGAGGGGUUUUAUCCCAUGUAUACCAAAUCUAACCAUAAGCUUUCCCUCCCUUCCAAGAGGCAUUAUUCACUGGAUUUGUAUUUUCUAAUACCUUAUUUCACACUAAGCCAUUAUUUUCUCCCAUAGCCUACUUUUAAUCGAACGUGACACUUUUCAUAAGUUAAUUUCAUUAUUAUUAACUAAAAUGAAUUUAUUAUUAACUAAGGUAUUCACCAUCUUAUCAAUUUGCAUUACACAAAUGUUCAGCAAGAGAGUUAACCUUUACAUGAUAAUUUAAUCGAGUGUGAUACAUUUCAUAACUUUAUUUUAUUAUUAGACCACAUGUUACAAAAGAUUUAUGUAAUGUACUAAAAAAGCCAUGUAAAUUAAAAUUACAUUGCGUAAAGUUUAUAGACGAAUAAUAUUUCUUAUGUAUCAAUUAAACAUACAUAUUAUUAGACCACAUAGGCUGUAUUCCCCUAGUCACUGUUCACAAAGGCUGUAAUGCCCUGAGGCGACACCCACAAUACCGCAUCCUACACACAGAAACCUUCCUGGACACUUCCAAGUUUUCAUGACACUUUUAAUAACGUAAUUUCGUUACUAUUAAUUCAAAUGACUUUUUUAUUAACUAAAGUAUCUACAAUCUUAUCAAUAUGCACCCCAAAGGUUUCAAAGGUCAGUUAACUUUUACAUGAAAAUUUAAUCGAAUGUGAGACUUUUCAAUUUUCAUAAUAACUUUAUUUUAUUAUUAGAUCACAUGUUCAUGAGGGGUUUUAUCCCAUAUAUACCAAAUCUCACAAUAAGCUUUCCCUCCCUUCCAAGAGGCACUAUUCACAGGAUUUGUAUCUUCUAUACCCUAUUUCACACCAAGCCUUUAUUUUCUCCCACUGUCUAAGUGUAAAACCGAGUUAAGAGAGGCUACUUUGAAGCUCCAUUCCAAAAGGAUGAUUGUGCUUCGAGUCAGGGGCUUCAUACCCCAUGAAACUAUGCACUUUAAUCUACAGAUAAGAGGCAUUGAAUGAUUCAUUGUGCACCUGGAAGUUAUCGAUCGAAGGCCUCAAAGAUUGCAUCAAGGCUGUUGGUGACUUGGAGUUGAAGAAGAGAGUUUCUUUCCUUAUUUGUUUCGGAUUGCUAUUUCCUUUUAUGUUUAAGCUUAGGUUUUCGAGUUGUGUUAGGUUUAUGAUGGUUUACCUUGUUUAAGAGCUAGCUAGGGUCUAUUUAAGCUUUCGUUUGCGUUGUAAUUGAACUCAAGUUUUAAUCGAACAACCCCCUUUGUUCAUGAUUCCAACUUUCCAACUUUCCAAGGAACAAACAACGCCUUGACGUAUUUGUACUGGGAGCGCAAAAUUACCUUAUUCUUUCAAAGCGGCAAGUACACAAAGCCUCAGAAGGUGACUCUCACGACGUACGAAUUCUCUGAUUAUGCCGUGCAAUGGUGGGAAAGAACUCAAUUUUGACGGAGGCAGAAUCUCCAACCCUAGAUAACCACCUGGGCAGAGUUAAGGAGUCUUAUGCAUGACAGGUUUGUACCUGAUUAUUACCAGAGGGAAUUACACGCGACAUUACAAGGACUGAGGCAAAGAUAUUGUCCCGUCGAAGAUUAUUAUCGUGAGCUUGAGCUGCUCAUGAUGACCGCUGACAUCCGAGAGGAUCGAGAGGCGACAAUUGCUCGUUUCCUCCAUGGCUUAAACCGCGAGAUUCGUCAGGAAGUCGAGCUGCGAUCGUUCGUUGAUCUGGAGGAGGUUUUACACUUGGCUAUUAAGGUGGAAAAGCAGCUCAAAGUCGUCACUGCAAGGCGGUUCCCACCUGCCAACAAGACCACCCCAGACACAGCUCCAAGCUCUGAUUCAAUGUCGUUACGAACCGAGGCUGACAACCCCACCUUCCCUCGCAAUCAGCAACCGAAAACUGAAGGAUCCAGUGCCAGUAUCCAAUGUUUUAUAUGUUUUGGGCAUCGACAUAAAUCUCAUUAGUGUCCCAACAGGAAGGCACUCAUGCUAGUCGAUUCCGACGGAGAUGAAGUGGAUGAGAAGAUUCUGGUCACCGACCCGCCACCAGGAAAACUCUUUGCAGUAAACAGGAGGGCUCUCACCAUGGAAUAUCAUUCCGACAUAGAUCAAAGGGAAAACCUGUUUCAAACCCGCUGUGUCGUUAAGGGCCAAACAUUGUUUGUGGCUUGACCACCAAUAGAUAUCCAGACCCCUACAAUUUGCGCUGGCUUAACGAUUACAAAGCUAUUAAGGUGAACAAGCAAGCGCGUGUUCCAUUUGCAAUCGGCAAGUUCAGUGACAAAUUGGUGUUCGAUGUAGCUCCUAUGCAGGCCACUCAUCUAUUACUCGGCCGACCGUGGCAAUUUGAUCGCGGUGUGUGUCACUACGGGGGCACCAACUGCUAUAAGCUACGACAGCAGGGUAAUUAGAGCUUCUUGCUCAAGCCUUUGUCGCCUAUUGAAGCUCGCGCCGAUCAACGCCAGAUGGAAGCUAAUCGAGUACAGGGAAGGGGCGAGGCUAAUCAGGCUAGUUUGCUGGUGUGCAGGUUCAUGUUAACAUUGUAUAAGAAGGAAAUGAGUUCCUACCGUCGGCGAGCUAAGCUGCUCUGUAUCGCGUCGCCAGAGCAGAGCAGGAGAGAGGGGUAUUUGGGUGGAUUUCUGGAGGGUAGUCCGAACCCAACCAGUUAUGGCGUCACCUUCCUUGAAGCAUUGAGAAGUUCCUUCACCAACUAGAACGAUUCGAAUCGACCUAAUUUACAGGAUCCGAUUCGAGCAAAUUUUGCUCUGGAAGCGCUCAAAUACGUUGAAAAAUCAGGGUUAACAGGUGGGGGCAUCUAGGAGUGAAUUGAAGCUAGCCGACCCUGCAGAUUUGUUGGGAAGGGAUGUCCGAAAAUUUCGGAAGCCCCAAUUGCAGUCCCAAAUCCCUCUAAUGCAAACGCCCAAUUCGGAAUUGAGUUUCCUGGGUGCUGCAAAUUUGAACAUCGACGUUGGCGGGAAACGAGAGGAAGACGAUUCAAUGACGAUGAGGGUGAAUCGAGGCGGGAAACCAGUUCAUAAUGACAAUUGGAGGUGUGGCGAAGACGAUGCUAACCCUGAAUUGAGUUGAGGAUGUCGUAAUAAAAAAUCCCCAAUUCAAUAGAGGAAGAACGCAACCACACUUUUCCGGAAUUGGCCGUUUGGGGUGCCAUCUUUCGAGCCGAUUUGGUGUCAAUAUUGUGCAGGGUUUGAGAAGAGGAAGGAACCAGCUUUGAGGACAGAGCUUUUCGAAGAGGGAGGUCCCGAUACAACCCUAUAUUGCCUUCUUACCAAGCAGGAAUUACUUGUUUAAGAAGGUAACCCAAAUCAUUUGAACAAUUUGGAAUUUCGGUCAAGUCUUUUGACGAGUUGAGAAAGGGUAUUUGGGGACUUGGUUCUUCUGAUUUGAGCAAUGGAAUGGUGAGUCUGGAAGCUUGUUUUGAAGUUCAAUUUCUAUUCUAUAAGCUAGAGUAGUGUUUGGUAGCUCAAGGUGGAACUUGGAAGGUCAAUUUUCAGGCUCGACAAAAGGCUAUUGGUGACUUGAAGCUGUUUAAGUGUAAAACGGAGUUCAGAGAGGCUACUUUGAAGCUCCAUUCCAAAAGGAUGAUUGUGCUUCGAGUCAGGGGCUUCAUACCCCAUGAAACUAUGCACUUUAAUCUAUAGAUAAAAGGCAUUGGAUGAUUCAUUGUGCACCUGGAAGUUAUCGAUCGAAGGCCUCAAAGAUUGCAUCAAGGCUGUUGGUGACUUGGAGCUGAAGAAGAGAGUUUCUUUCCUUAAUGUUUCGGAAUGCUAUUUCCUUUUAUGUUUAAGCUUAGGUUUUCGAGUUGUGUUAGGUUUCUAACGGUUUACGCUAGCUAGUGUCUAUUUAAGCUUUCGUUUGCGUUGUAAUUGAAUUCAAGUUUUAAUCGAAUAAACCCCUUUGUUCAUU